AAUACCUUCUCACAGGUGGGAAAUACCCAGAAAAUGAGUACUGCAACAGCGUCUUCUGAGCAUUGUCAUCAUCAUGUGCAUUUUGAUCAGUCUAUUAAGGAAAAUCUCGAGUCAGACAACAGCAUUGGGUACCAGAAGAGUGGAGAGGAUACAGUUACGGUUCACUUGGGAUUUCUGCAGAUAAAUCAUCGAUAUCUGUUGGAGCUACAAUUACCCAUAAAUGCAUCACCAGCAUUUCUGUCUGGUGAAAGAAUUGCCCUUGCAGGGGAUGAGAGAGCAUUACCCAAUGUCAAUUGCAAAUUUAUAGAAAUUUCGGGAAAAGUAGGAAGUCACUUUGAUCUCAAAGUUGAGUUCUUUGCGCACAAAGAGAAACUCCUGAGGGAAGAAUUGAAUUUGGUAAAUGUACAAAAUACCAGUGAAAAAUUAAAACUGGUACUGAGUGCACGGGUACUGGGAAGGGGAAAGGGUACACCAAUGCUGCGGAAUGGGAUUCACUGUGUAGGAGUUGAGGCUGAUGAGGAAUCAGAAGCUUCUGACUGGCAGGGAUUCUCUUCGAGAGGUGGCGAUCCAGAGAAAGAUGGAGAGGAUUAAAUGAAUAAUUUUAGGCUAAAAAUGCAUUUUAUCUCUUUGACCUCUAUUGAUUAUGAAUUUCCAUGUAGUUUUUAUCAGAUAAAAUAAAAUAUGGAAUCAUUCAUUUUAAC